UAGAACGACGCGCCUCUGGGCGCGCCUCAACCGGGAAUGACGUAAGCAGUAGAAGAACGCGGGGGAUUCGAGGGAUUCCCCGGCGCCAUUUUGAUUGUUAGUAAACACUGUCCUCAGGAAGACUCCGGCUAUUUCUGAGGGAUUUAGUUUGUCCAAGGACGUUAUAUAUAACGCCCUUGGUUUGUCAACAUGCCUACACGGUGUGUCGCAGCGUAUUGUUCGAACUACACGUCCUCUUCGAUAAGUCUUCACAAGUUUCCAAACGACGAGAAAGUUCGCGAGAAGUGGGUGCAGAACGUACGGCGGACAAGAGGCCCUGAUCGGGAGGGGAGGGAAUGGACGCCGAGCCCGACCUCUCGGCUGUGUUCCGACCAUUUUACAGAGGACUGUUUCGACCCUGCCCAGGAUUUGAAGAGAUCGUUUGGGUUCAAUGCGAAGCACCGUAGGGAGGUGCUGCCCGGUAAAAUUCCAACCAUCUUUCCCCGAGGCCCGGCCGAGCCGAAGCGUAGGGAAUCACAGGCUGUAGCCAAAAGGCGUCACCAGGAGAUACUCCGAGAAUGUCUAUCUGCUGAGCCUGUAGAAGAGGGAGGAUCUGAUCAUGACAUCUGUGCUACUGCGGUGUCAACUGCCAGUGGUCCACCUGUUGAUGAUGAUGAUGAUGGUCCACCUGUUGAUGUGACUCCAACAGAAAACCAGGGGAUACAAGUCCAGCCAGACAUGAAAUCACGGGCUGUGCAGGCCAGACUGCGAGUGGGGACUUGUAAAGGUGUGCAGAUCAAGCCUACUGUUACAACUAUUGGCAUACAGAACAAGCCUUCAGUGAAGACCAUCUCCACCCAGACACAGAUCACAUACAACAACCGGUUGCAGGAGUUAGAUGCCAUGUCUGAAGUUUCAGAGCCGGUGGAGGAUGCAGCGUACGAGAACGAUCCAGACUACGAGCCUAUGGAGAUAUCGGAUGAUGAGGAGGACCCACCCGAGGAGGUGCCAAUCCCCGAGGCCACGUCAGAUACCCUGCCGGACACACGCAUCUUCAUGGUGUUCUGGACAUGUUUGGUGCAGCUGUUCUCCACGUGGUGUUGCUGUCCAGCGUGUCCCUCUAGGAAGCUGAUUUGGCACUGCAAGGAAGUCGGGACUCACCUGCUGGUGACAUUCCUGUGCAGAGAUUGCAGCUAUGAAGAUACAUGGAGGAGCCAGCCUUCCUAUGGCAGGACUGCCGCGGGGAACAUUUUGCUGUCAUCUGCUAUACUGUUCGCUGGAGCCAGUGUGACCAAGGUGCUUAGAGUCUUGUCACACAUGGGCGUGGCCGUUAUGUCAACCCGGUCAUUCUUCCGCCAUCAAGAAAACAUCCUGUUCAGGGCCAUCCGUACGCUGUGGAGGGAGCGGCAGUUCUGGAUGCUGACAGUCCUGCAAGCCGAGCAAGAGCCCAUUGUUUGUGGUGGGGAUGGCCGCGCGGAUAGCCCAGGACACUCUGCGAAAUAUGGAACUUAUACAAUGAUGGAGCUGAAGCAGACAGCUGUGAUAGACGUGCAGCUAGUGCAGAGCAACGAGGUAGACAGCUCCAACGCCAUGGAAAAGGAAGGUCUUCAGCGCUCCCUGCAAAAAAUCCAGGAGUAUGCAGAAAUAGGCACAUUGGUCACUGAUCGACAUGCAGGAAUAAACAAGAUGAUCCGUGAGCAGCAUCCCAACAUCCAGCACCUCUUUGAUGUCUGGCAUGUUGCCAAAAGCAUCAAGAAGAAGCUGAAGAAGCUGAGUAAGACGAAAGGCUGUGAAGACCUCAAGGUAUGGAUUGCCAGUAUCAUCAACCACCUUUAUUGGGCUGUGACGUCUACACCUCCUGGCAACGGUGACCUCAUUGUCGAGAAGUGGAAGUCUGUGCUUCAGCACAUUCACAAUCGGCACAGGGGCUUUGGCGGGCUGUUCCCAAGGUGCGCACACGGGCGACUGAGGGGAAGAGAACGGCGCAAGCCAUGGCUCUCUUUUCAUACGAAGGUCUCUGUGGAACUGGAGAAGAUCGUCUGCAACAAGCAACUAUGCAAGGCCUUGAAACGCCUUUCGCCAUCCUACCAGACGUCAUAUCUCGAGGCCUUCCAUAGUCUCAUUCUACAUUUUGCGCCCAAAAUGUACCACUACUCGUACCAAGGGAUGGAGAACAGGGUAAUCCUGGCGGCAUUACAUUUCAACGAGAACGCGCACAGGGCGCAGGCACGGACCAGGGAUGGAGACGGCAUCUUCAGCAUCCACUUCCCCAAGUACAAGCAGGGCGGGCACAUUGUUAGGAGAGUGCUAGAGCAACCAACUUUUGGUUACGUCAUGGAGCUGGUGGGUCUGGUGAAGCGUAUGUGUGGUGGAGAGGACUUCGAUGGUGACGUCCUGGAACAACAGAUUCCAGAGCCGCUCAGCGCUGCCUGUGACAGGCCAAACAAGGCAGACGCAGUCAGGAGACACACAACACGUUUUGCUGCAAACAAUUUGCAGUACUAGUAGUGUUUCAUCGUAGCUUAGGAUGACUGGCAUGCAGAGAGUGCUAGAUAGGUUUUUCCUUAAACAACCAAAAAUGGCUGUCAGUAUGUCUGUGUCAAAAAUCAUACUGGUUCAUUUUGUACUUAGCACAAUAUCAAUGUGCUUCUUCACUGAUUUUCACUGUACUUUUAUAUGUGUCGGCCGAGGAUAUUGAUAAAGACACAUGACAUGUUUUGCUGCAAAGAUGCAGUGAUGUCUGGAACAUUGAGAUAUGUUUACUAGAUGACACCUGUCUGAAACCUUUUUUUCAUUUUUUUUUCAUGUUUCAUCCUAGUUAUGGAUGGCUGGCAGAUGGUGUUAGGUUGCCUUUUCCUGGAACAACCAAAAAUGGCUGUCACUAUCUCUGUGUCAAAAGUGAUACUAGUUCAUUUUGUACUUCUUGACGAAUUACUAGCAAUUGUUGGUAUAGAAAAGGACUAGUGUCUAUCUUGACCUCAAAACUUCUCACGUUUUAAAUAUUGUUGCAAGGUUUGACUAUUAUAAUAUGUUUCACCUAAGGCUAAGCCAAGGAUGACUGACUUGCACUAAUAGCUUGAUGAUGAAGUUUUCUUACUAGCAGGCAGUGAUUAAUAUUAGUAAUAGCUAAGCUUGCAAAGAAAUGCUAUCUGGUCAGUAUCUGUAAUAAACACAAGCUGUUUUUGAGACCACACAAGUUGUAUAAAAUGAUGGUAUUGAAAAGUUGUUGUGCAACUACAGUCAAGAAACCUAUGAAAACGUGGAAACACUGCUCAUGUGAUUUUUGGCAACUUAUCUAAUAUGAAAAAAAAAAGAAUAUCACCAAAACAAAAUACCAAGUGAAAAUCCUCGUCUCUU